AAUAGUAAUGGGCGGCGAGGGGUGGGCAUUAACUGAAGAGUGAAUUCAAGCUUAGUAGCGAGGCAACCUCCGCGAAAGACGGUCGUCCAUCAGACAAUUUUUUGUCUCUAACAUUACGCGACGAAAAUAUUAACGAUUGUUCUGUGAUGACAGUAUUUGUGACUUAAAUAAGAUAUGAUGUAACUUUUUCCUAAACUCUGUGAGGAUGUUUGUCUUAGCAGUUCUCAGCUUACUUAUACAAGAAUCGUUGCCGCUCCGUAUGGUACGCGUGUCGGUGCCGGCGUACCGCGUGCGCGGGCAGCCGGCGCAGCUGGAGUGCGAGUACGACCUGGGCGACGACGCGCUCUACUCCGUCAAGUGGUACCGCGACAACGAGGAGUUCUACCGCUACAUGCCCAAGUUCGACCCGCCGAAGCACGCCUAUAAGAUAGAGGGGAUCAAAGUAGAUGUAGCUAGGUCAGAUGACCGCAAAGUGAUCCUGCACCAAGUGAUGCUGAAGACGUCGGGGCUGUACCGGUGCGAGGUGUCUGCAGAAGCGCCGAGCUUCUCCUCAGCGGCUGGAGAAGGAAAACUAGAAGUUAUUUAUUUACCAAGAGAAGGGCCUAGAAUAACGGGGAAUGAGCAGGAGAACCGAAGAGGGGAUUCAUUAUUUCUUAACUGCACGUCGGGAAGGUCAUAUCCAGCAGCCGUGCUCAGUUGGGACAUCGAUGGGGAAAAGGUAACAGACCCAGACCUUCUAGUGGAGUAUCCCCCGACGCUGCACGCGCACGGGCUGAUGUCGUCGGCACUAGGCCUGCGGGUGCCGGUGGGGAGGACCAUGCAGGUGCGGUGCACGGCGCGGGUCGCGCCCGCCUGGAGAGAAGGCAGUGAGGCUGUUGUUGGGAACCAUCUGGCGGAUAGCAAGGAAGCCAUGUUGCUCGUGAAGAGCUCAAGCGACGUGUCAUCAUCGAGUGUAAUCCUGUUAACGCUAGCCCUGGGCCUGCUUUUCGCCCCAACAACGGCUCAAUGUGGGACGUGAUAAAUUAUCUCCGGUCUUAUUUAUUAACUAACGUGAUUUAGGCGUAGCACUCAGAGAAGGCUGUGAAAUCGAUGUAAGAAAUUGACGUCAUAGUGUAUAAUGCUAUGCUAACCCAAAAAGGCCGAAAUAUAUUUUUGGAUAAAACGAAGUUGAUGAAACAACCUGUACACUUAAGUAUUUUUCUUCUAACAGUCUACAGUGUUAUGUAUAAGUUGAGAAUACGCUAAAUACGCCACAUCAUGCAAUUUCGGAAAAAGAGUCAUACCCGUGACGUGUCACUAUCUUGAUCAUCUAAAGUUCUAAACGGUACAUCUUAAAUUUACAGCAGUUCCAAUAGAUCAAGUGAUGGAUAAUUUUCACAUUUCUAUUAUACAUAGAUCUUUUUCAAAGUAAUAAUUGGAUCAUUACAAAAAAAAUAUAAUGUUGUUUGCGGAGUUUUUAAAUUGCUGUGUAUUUGAUGACGUAAUUUUCUUACAACGAAUUUUCAAUCACAACACAACACAAGAGUAUCUAUUAGUAUAUAUUUGUGGUCCGCGGGAAUUUACUUAAAGGCUCGUAAUUACUUUAAAUUAUAGUUAGUUAAAAGAUUAUGACUUAAAAGUACUUUUAUAGAAAAAAAGUAGCUAACUGGAAUAUUGUAAUAACUUUUCUAAUUGAAUUUAGAAUUAUAUAAUAGAGUAGGGAAAUGAUAGACUGAAUGAAAUGCAGGUCUUAUUAAUUUUCAAAGGCAAAACAUUUAUAUAAUAAUUGUUCUUAUUGUUUCCAAUUAUUACCUUAAUAGCACCUGUAUAAAUCAAUAAUUAAAAUGUCACGUUUUUGUUCAUAUAGGAAAUACUUUUUCAUUUACCAUCAAUCAGUCAUUGUCUCAUUACCAUUAUUUUUAAAAUCUGAAGGUAAAAUAAAAGUGCCCGCGGACUACAAUAUAGGUAUUUUAUGUGUUUAUCAUAAGUAAGAUCUAAGUAGAGUCAAGCAGGGAAUAGUAGCUUGGUAGAAAAAGACCGGGUACAGAGGCUCACUCAACCUAAUUUCAACACGAAAGAGGCGAUAACUGGGCGACUGAACCACAUGACAGUUUGGAGCUGCUGAGCCUCUGUUUCCAACUGGACCCUACUGUGAAUAAGAGAAAUUAGACAAAUGGUUAAUUAUGAAAAUAAACGUAUUAGAUUAUGAAAUGAUUCUUUUCUACGAUGAUGUCUUGUAUACAUAUCUAUUACAAAUAAGUGAAUUAGUAAGUACAAUUUUCUUUCACCAUAAGCAUAUCAAAAUGUUGUUUAUGUAUUGUAAAAUAUAUAUUAAGUCUAGUGAAAUCUUGAUCAUCCUUCACUUCGAUGGUCCGAUAUACCCACUAGUCCGGCAUUAAAAUAGAGGUGCAAGUGAUCAUUCUAUGUUCAAGUUUUCUAUCGACGCUUACAUCACAUUGCCUGUUUUUUAUAAGUGGCUACAAAUCAGAUAGCUAUGUAAAGUGUCGUUCUAUGGAACCUGCUAUGUAAACAAACCGCCAUAUUGAAAUUGUCACUGGAUGAUGAUUUUAAUAUGGCAGUUUGUUUACAUACUUAGUUAGCAAAUUCCAUAGAAUGACACUUUACCUUGAUUAUUCGUCUUCAUGUAGGUACCUAAGUAUCUAUAGAAACGAAAUUAUAUUAUUUUGGACCCGUAAAAAAUACGUAGCAAUGCCUUCUUAGAUAAAACCGUUUGUAAAAUCGAUGUUAAAGAUAAUGUCUUGAAAUCGACCGUACAGUAUAAGUAUAGUUUUUUAUGUAUUAUGUAUAUACAGAGUGUAAUUAAAAUACAUUUUAUGCAAGUUUGCGGUACCUAAGUAGGUACCUACUGAUUUAUUAAAUCCGUAUUUUGUAUAAAUCAAUGCUACUGAACUGACUGCUUAUAUGUAAUACCUGAUUUUUUAUAUAAUUUGACUCGUAUAAAUCUAAUUUGUUACGAGUUAAUGUUAGUAAACUAAUGUUGUGCAUCCUUACAAAAAAUGUGAAUGUCUCCAAUGUAAAUAUACAAUUUUGAGUCACAUAUCGCUUUUGUUGUUAAACUCAGGUACCAAAUGAGUA